CCUUUUAUGUCCCGCAAGUCACGUUGCGGAUGCUCCUUUAGCUCCAUAUCCGAGCGCCAUUGUUUCCAUCCCCCGGCGACUGUGUGCAGAACGAGAUCCCUAUUUUAGGCAUGUCUUUCUUGUCUUUCUUGUCUUUGUGCCACCAACUAGAACGAACGCCUGCAUCUCCACCCUGGCGCAUGAAAAGUAAUCCCGCCUCUCCUCUUCUACCAUCUUCUCAUCUCCUUCAUCAGCCUUAUUCUCUCUUUCUCUCUUUCUCCGCCCCUCCCUUCUCUCAUCCUCUUAUCCCUGUGGACGUAGUUUUGCAAGCCUGAUUUCUGAGUCUGUUGCCGAGUCUCAUCAUGCCCAUGACCAGAUCGAGCAGACAGCAGGCUCUGCUCGGCGCCCUCCUCAUCUUCUGCAUCGGAUCUCUUCUCACCUUAUCCCUGCGCCCGCUAGGAGACGACAGCGCCUUGGUCGCCUCUAGUCCAUCUUCCUCUUCAACCGACUCUACAUCUGAUACGACCAACCACCGGUCCCCAUUCUCGUCUCUCUCAUAUCCCUCAGAGGAUAAGCUGGGCACAGGUACCAAGGGAACCGACCUUGAAAACAACAGCAUCCUGGACUUGACUACACAAGAUUACUCAGUCAUGUCUCUCAAAUCCCUCGAGCAAUUGGUCCGCGGUACCAUCCUAGAGACAUCCGAAAACCUGCUUGAUCCCACACGCCCCGUUCGACCCAAAGGCUCUUCCGAGUCAGUAUCUGACCAACGACAACAACUACAGCAACAACAACAACAACAACAACAGGAUGCAGGACAGGGCGAGCCCCAGAUGGACGAGGAUGAGAUUGAAGGACAAGAGGAUCGAGAGUCAAUCGUGGAUGACUCAGUCGUAGAAGUGGGUCCCAAAGUGGAAUCUUUGAUCGCAGCGGGCUCCACCGAAGGCGACGACGAUCUCACCACUAGCGACUUCGACUCUGUUGAACUCGACAAACCUUUACUGGAGCAGGGUCAGAAUCAGGACGGAAACCAGGGUCAGGAUCAGGACGGGAACCAGGUUCAGGAGGAUACUUCGCUGACGGAUUUCGAUGUCAACAAGGCACUCCCUCUCUCGAACAGCUACCUGGUGUUUAUCCCAUCUGGCGACACGAUCGAGGCCCAGUUCUUUUCUUUGCUGACAGCAAUCUGGAUUGCAAGGCACUCGAACCGGACGCUGAUUAUCCCUCCACCGAUGAUGGCCCCACCAUCGCUAUAUUCUCUUUAUCCAUUCUUUGCGGGGCCCAAGGGCAGGAAGCGUCAGCGUUGGAGCACACUUUUUGAUCUCCGGGGAAUCUCCAAUCUGCAACCAACAGUCCUUAUUGACCAUGUGCGACCAGUCCUGCAGACGCCGUUCAUGGCAGAGAUGGCCCAAGAGGAAGAAAAUCCGACGGUUAGUCGCCAGUCGAUCCCAUACAGUCCACCGGCAGAUGCACCCGCGGGUUCGACUGUUCCUAUCACCAUCAAGUGCCAUGGCCCUCCCACAGCGGGUUCAUGGAAAGCGCUUGAUUUCGCGGGCCGACACUUUUUGAACCGUUACAACCUUGUGAGCGACUUUGAGAUUCUCGAGGAUCUGUACUGGGAUAUGUCGCCGGAAUCCAUUCGAAAUCACUGGAGCGCAUCCUUACCAUCUUUAGCAUCCGACGGUCCGGAGAAUGAGACAUCAAAGAACCGCCGUCGACAGCUGAUUUGUAUUUCAGGAGCAGAACUUGUAGGGGCAGAGGACCCGGCAAUGGAGGAAACGAUAUGGCGAGAGGUUGGUUCACAGAUUUCGUUUUCAAAUACGAUCAUACAACAAGGAAAGCAGAGUGUGGUUCAGAUCCUCAGGGCAUGGGAGCUUGGGGAGAGACGCUACGGAUACAUUGGCGUACACAUUGACCGACAGCCGCAUCGAGGGUCAUGCCAUCGCAGCAUCUCGUCACACAGGGCGUUAGCAUCGUUACCAUCGCUACCAUCAGGAUCUUUUGAUGGAUCGUCUCGAAAAGCAGACGCGACAGCAGGGGCACUGGAUAGACUGACAGAGACCCAUGGAUCGCUCAUGCCGUCGGCGGAAUGUCUCUGGACUGUAGAACUGAUUGCGAAGAGGGUUGCGAUCCUGCAGAAGACUGAGAGUGUGGGUGCUCGACCGGUGAUUGUGACGACGACGGAGACGGAUCCGGAUAUUCUUGUGAAAAUGGACCAGCAGGCGGGAUGGCUGCGGGCUGGGGCAGAGGAUAAUGGACAAGGGCUGUUUGAUGAGUCGAGCGAGGAUUUAGGCGGAUAUGGGGCGGAGGUGACGAGGGCGUUUGUGAUGGCGAACAGCGCAGUGUUUGUGGGCAGUCGGGCGAGUGCAUCUGCAGUCGAUACGGCGUUCCGGAUUAAGAACAACAAGCGGUCCAGACAUAUGGGCGCACGAUGGGAGCUGUAUUGAGAGAAGUAGAAGGAAGAAGUGAGCGCUAUGCGCUUGUAAUAUACCACCAAUGUUUCUGAACAAUGUUCCUGAAUUUUACCUCCGUUUUUUUUUCCCACGAUCGAUGAUACACGUACACGUACACG